AUGAAGAUGGACACAAGAAUUACAGCAUCACUGGCUCAUCUUGAGUAUCAUUCUGCCUUUAACAAAUAUAUCACUCCUGAUGCCAUUUACGAAAUUUUACAGGCUAUGCCAGUAGUUGAUAAAGUUUGGGCGUUGAUGUCUGUUUGCACAAGUACAUGGAUGAAGUCAUUUGGUUCUAGAACCUAUUUUAUUGAGGAAUCUCAGCUGGAUGAUAGUGGGAUGAGGGAUCAACACGAGCCUCUCCCUUUAACGGGCAAGGAAGACGACACUGACCGAAGUGAAAAUUACAUUGAGAUAGGAGGGGUUUGUAUUACUACUACUACUGAGUUUGCUGGAGAUUCAACUUGA